CUAACGCUUCUGGGGUGUCUUUUUCAAAGAGAACACUUGUUCUCUUUGCAUUGAUUGAUAAGAUGAUAAGAUCCAUUCAUUGCAGCGUUCUCAAAUCAAUGCUAUCCAACGAAAUCCAAGCUCACAAAAAGCACGACAACCAACAGCAAAAGCAAAAGAAGCAAGAUGAGCAAGCACUCUAGCAUGAACGGUCAGCGCAGCAGUCCAGCGUAUGACUUUGAAGGGCACUAUGGGGGAGGCUUGGCCAGAGGCACCAGUCCUCACCGCAGUGCUUCCACUGCUGCUAACACUAAAGCUGGUAGUAACACUACUAGUGGUACUACUAGUAGCAGUAGAAAGACACCUUCGCAUCACCAUGGGCAUCCCGCGUCUUCUCCGCGCAAGACGCGCUCUUUGUCUCCUUUUGGCGGUGGCGGGAGAAGUCACCGAAGCAGUCACGCCAACAACAGCAGUGUGAUUGUGUGUCACGAGUCGGCACAUGCGGUCGUUUUUAGGGACGUUGUACGUUUGGCGCGUAAAACCAUUCAAGAAGAAGAAGCUUGGGAUCAUGAAGCCCUGGAACAUGACAAUGACCAUGAUCAUGAUAAUGAGGAGGAGCACAAGUCUACUAUUGAUAGAACCAACUUUGUGGAGGAAUCAGGAGCCAGCAGUUCCAACUCCAGUGAAGAAAAUGAAGAAUCUGCUCAGGCUUACAAGGCUCUCAAAAACUCCAUCAGGACUAGUGUUAGAGUCUCUGGGGGAAGCAUCAGAGAGGACAAGGCCACCAUUCAAAAGGAACUCAACACUUUGGCUCAUGAAUUGGUGCCAGAAAUAAAAACUGUCACUCUGGACCUCAAAAAUGGAGUUUCUGAAAAAAAUAUUGAAAUUGAAGGUUUGCAUGCUCAUAUUGCUCCACUGCAAGAUCUAGAAUGGAACCAAAAGACACGCUUUGAGCCUCUUAUUGGUGGUACCAGUACUGAAAACAAUCCAGAUGAAAACAAUGAGUGGACACCAGCCGAACAGGAAGUCUACAACAUGCUCCAAAACCAACAAGCUAGUGUCAAAACCAUACAGAAAAAUGAAUGGCCUUCCUUUCUACAGAGAUUCAUUACUCCAAAGACACAAAACGGCAAUGUCAAGGCUCCUGCCAAACAUGAUGAUCUCCCUCCUUCAGAACAAGACAAUAGACCCUUCAAUUCUUUUGUCACUUCCACUUCAUUACUGCCAGAACUGGGAAAGAAAAUGAGGUGCUAUGGAUCAGACUUGUCGUAUCCUGUUGGAGUCGUCUUUGCUUUGCCAUCGUUUGACACACCCGAACAAGAAGCAACCGCCGUUCAGGAAACCGAAACAUGGGCAUGGCCUGCAGGAUAUGCUGCCAAGACGGAAUUCAACAUUGAUCAUAGAGGAAGACUCAUCAAUGGACGUCAAGAAGCAUUGGUAUCACUCCAACAAAUGAGACAAUACAAUCACCAGUACGUACAUGAAAACGAUCAUUACAUUGCCGGGCGCAUCAUCAAGGGAGGUUUCAAGGUCGUCCCCUACAAUGAAUGCUUCUUGCGUGUUGGGGGGUGCGAUCGACUGGUACAAAACAAAAGCGUCGUCACGCAACAAACACAACAACGAUCCCUACAAAAGGGCUGUGGACUCUUUGUCGCACUUUUUAUUCGAUCCACAAACAUGGGAGACAUUGUCAAUCUAUUCCGAACACGCGCCAGGAUUGCUCAUGUGCUGGGGGAAGAACACGUCAAGGAUAUUCCGCUCCUUUACAUUCAUCACGAAGUCGGAGUACGGGUCUUUACCAAACAACUACAGCACUUGUUCUGGAAACAGGCAUCUUGUUGGCUACAGCCAUACGUCAAUCCAACCUACGCGUUGACCGUACGAUACCACGAAACCAACGAAAAGUCCAUCGAGUACAAACUCGAUGAAUUGAUGGAACUCAAUGACGGCCUCAGAGACGUGCUCUCCCAUCACGAACUCGCCAAAAUUGCCGGAGGAUUUGGAGUUUCCGACCAGUCAUUCUUGACACUCUUGACCACACAGCCCGAUUUUCAACAUGUACACGACAUUAUGCAGCAAGGAUUUGCGGCUGCCAUUCGAGCUGGAGAUUUCUACACGGCACGACAAUCACUCAUUCUCUAUGCAUUGGCCAACACGAGUCCCGACAACAACAAGAAUAUCGACGCGAUGCAAGAGCAACUACAGGGAGUUCCCGCCACCAUGUACGUCAAUCUGUCCGUCUUGCACUCCAAGGAUGUUGGAAAAAAUGUCAAAUUGCCGAAACCACUAGCGACCAAACGAUGGAGGAGAGCGACCAACUCGGAUGGACUGCUUGUGGUACUUGGCGCGGCACAGAUUCUCAAAACUAUUUCUACAACAAGUGCCAAGCGACGCACGGAAGAGAGCUACGAGGCGGUCGAAGAAUGGGUACACCAUGGGGAAGAAUCGGUAGCCUUUCGGGUCGCAUCGUGGAGAAAUCAACGAGCCGAUGAGGCCGAUUCCAACAUUGCAAUGUCCGGCGAUAGCAAAUUCUGGGCGUUUGUCACCGACAAAUCCGUACACAAUAGGCGCAAAUUCGCGCAGCAGCUGCGAAAGGCCGCACCGGCAGACAACUUUACACCCGUGGGAUUCUUGAGAGGCAUCUACGAUAUUGUCGAUCACAUGCAUUCGCCCUGCAUGCGCUUGGAAUUGCUACAAUUCAUUUUGGCGUUGGACAAUCGAUACUCGGUGGAACUCAUCAAGGAGAGCAUCCAGCUCGCAGCCACUUGCUUGAGUCUCGUCCCCAGCAACUAACUACCGACGUGGUGCCACAGGGUGAUUGAGUAGUCACUGUUCUUGAAGUCUGGCAAGCAGGCGGAAGACAACCACCGGCCCCCAAGUUUUCCAUUUGCAUUAUAUAGUCAUUUAUUUAUAAACCGUAAGCACUCCAUGAUCCCACC